GAGGCUGAGGAGGAAGGUUCAGGCAGUGUGCCAAGUCAGUCCGCUCAGGGGCACCUCCUGUGUCCUGCCAAUGAGGAUGGGCUUGCAGACUGUGCCUGGGAGCUGAGCCACCGCCCGCCGGGUGUAGGCUGCUUCAGUAUUUACUGGAUGUGACAAGCAGAGAGAAGAGCUUUCAGCGGGGCCGCUUGCUGCCUGGCUCAAUUGGUGGGAGAGCCCCUUAACCUGCAGCCUCUCUGACCAUCCAGUUGGCAAUGAACUGCAGGCCAUGAGGACUGGUCAGCGACAGUGAAAGGACGUGAAAGGGUAAAUCCCUGAGCCCCGCAGUCUUAUUUCCUGCCCUGACGUCCCUGCAAACCAGCCAAAGGGUUAACCAUAAACGGAUGCCUGUAUGGCUGCCUUACUGAUGCCACGCAGGAACAAAGGGAUGAGGACUCGACUGGGAUGCCUGUCUCACAAGUCAGACUCAUGCAGUGAUUUCACAGCUAUCCUUCCUGACAAACCCAACCGCGCUCUCAAGAGAUUAUCCACUGAGGAGGCUACGAGGUGGGCAGAUUCCUUUGAUGUGCUUCUCUCUCAUAAGUAUGGAGUGGCUGCCUUCCGCGCCUUCCUGAAGACGGAGUUCAGUGAGGAGAACCUGGAAUUCUGGCUGGCCUGUGAAGAGUUCAAAAAGACCAGGUCAACAGCGAAGCUAGUCUCCAAGGCCCACAGGAUCUUUGAGGAAUUUGUGGAUGUGCAGGCUCCACGGGAGGUAAACAUUGAUUUCCAGACCCGAGAAGCUACAAGAAAGAAUAUACAGGAACCAUCCCUGACUUGCUUUGACCAAGCCCAGGGAAAAGUACACAGUCUCAUGGAGAAAGACUCUUACCCCAGGUUCCUGAGGUCCAAAAUGUACUUAGAUUUGCUCUCCCAAAGCCAGAGGAGGCUCAGUUAAACCUCAGAUGGGGACUCUUGGAAAUCAUCGGCUUUCCCCUCCCCUGCUGCCAAGACCAUAUUCUAAUGUGAAAUCUCAUAGGUGUUCAAAGGUGGUGGCAUUUGGGGUAGGAGGCAGGGGGCAAGAAGAGAAUGAAAGGUCAUUCCAAAGAGUAACCCAGCUGCCAGAGCUUGGACUGUCUUCCAUUUACCCGUAUUUGUGUUUAAAUUAGUGGUAGCACCUUGCUGCUGUCACCCUUCUCUGGGUCAACAACUUGACCUUCAUAAUGUCUCAGUCAUCUCCAAUGAGAAGGCAGAUUUGCUGUGCUAGGCUAAUCUGUAAAUAAUGCAAAUGCAGUUCCCACCCCCACCCCCACCCCCACCCCCAUUAGGAUUCUUGAGUCUUCUCUUUACCCCUGGGAGAAGCAGCUGGAAGAUUCCUGCUCUGACUUUAUAUUCACUGUUACAAUAUAGACACCAGCCCCAGGUACCAGGACCUCAAAGUUAAGGAGAGAGGUCUCUGUGGAAUCCCAGCCUUCUGGUUUUGUCAUAUGGAAUCCCAAGUUUCUAGCAUCAUUGGUAGGUGUCCUCUGAGGCAGAUCAAACUUCACAGAGUUAGCUGUUUCUUUAUUUCUUCAAUUUCCCCUGACCAGUGUGAGAAUCUGCGACUAUUGCCCAUCUUGGCCUAGGAAAUUUAUAGGACUUCUUUACCCUUGCAUUUCCAGAAAGAGUCUUGCGAGAUUUCUUUCAUGACUUUUGAGUGGAACUGUCAUUAAGAAAGAUACAGCUUGCAAACAUUCCUCAAUUCUACCAAGAACUUUUCUAAAAGUUUUCCAAAUGACCAGGGAAUGUAGCACCAGUAGAUUUUUGUGUAAUGGGGCUCCGUAUAACCUGUCUGUUGCUUAAUGUAUUUUCUACCCUUGCCUCCCUGUGAUAUCACAUAUCUCUUAGGAAGACAGACAGCUUGGCCAAGGGAGGUAAAUUCCCAUAGCAUGAUGGCUCUCCCAGUGCCUAUUACUUUCCAUGUCUGCCCAUCUCCCCCAUUCCAUGCAGGCCAUGUAAUUAUGAUGGGGGAGAAUAGGGAGCCAGGCCGAUGUUCUUUACAGCUUGCUUCCUGGGAGCUUGCUCUUAGAAAGGUCCCUCUUGGCUAUUAAGAACCAGUAUCCUUCUCAAUUGUUGGCCUUUGGGAUGGAACAUAAAAUAUGCAGGUGUCGAUGAGAAGAUCACUGUGAACAUUUAGCUAUGGAUAGAUACCAUCCUAAAAUGCUUUCAUGGUAUCCUGCAGCCACUGUUGGAAAUGUCAGGAAACUUCCUUGGAGGAUGAAUGAUGAACAGCACAGAACCUCCUCUAGCUGCACAGGAAAAAACUGACUUUGCCACAAAAGCAGUGUGGAGGGGAUGAAUCCUCAGCAGAGGGCCGGAAGUGGAAGAGGAGCCUGGAACGUGCUGGUCUCCAGGGGACAUGGAUAACAAAGAAUGUGAUGAAGCUAUUACUGGGAAUUUCUUCCCAAUGGAUUUAGAUUCAUUGCAGACCUAUAAACCUACAGACAGAAUGACAGAAUGAAGCAGCACAAGAUUAGGCAAAGGCCCUGGAGUGUGGGCGAUGGUGGGGUGCUGGGCAUCUUUAGUUUAUGCCAGAGUCCCUACAUUUACACUCCUGUCCUAUAACUUUGAGAAUCGCUUUCUUCCUUGGCCAUAGCCAGACAAGGCCAAGAAGGCCCUUGAAUCCUACUAGUGUUAGUGCCUAUUACCCUGAAUUGACCAUUGUCAUUUGUGAGUGAGGGUUGGCAUGUCUGUGUGAACUUCUAAAAGAAAGAAAUACCUGCUGCCUGGGUCAACACUGAACAAACCCGUGGGAGUUCAUGCAUAAGAACUCCAAAGCCUCAAACAGUGUUCCUAGUUAGGGCAGAUGGUAUCUUCUUACCCCAGUAAGAAACCCCCCCAAAAACACCCCCCCACCACCAAUUUUAGCUAAUGCUGCCAGAAUUAAUUUAAUGAUUAAAUUAUCUAACAGGGUAUUUUAAACAUUGUUUACAUACAAAAUGUGCAUCUGCUGCCAAUUCUACUGUUGAAAAUGAGGUGCAUAUAAAUUGGAACUUCAGAGUUAUGUUCUGGGAAGGGUCUUUUCAUCACUUCCACUUCCAAGGAGGAAGACUGGAACAAGAGUGUUGUGUGAGAUUUCAUUUGGGGCCUAGAGUUUUCUUCGACUAUUGGUGGAAUGAAGGCUGUUGAUGGUGGUGUCAUUGCGUCUUUGUGACUCCCUCCCACAACGGGAAGUAUGAAGGACCAAGCUUCAGUAUUCUGAAUUUUGUAGCUAGACAAGGGCAUGAGUCUAUGUAUAGAAGAACAUGGUAGCUGUAUUUAUGGUACUCCUGUGGAGCAUCUGUGUGUGUCUGUGUGUGUGACAACUAUGAGCACUGGACUAGUACACUCCAGAUAUGAUCUUCUUGCGGGAGUGGCUUUUCUCCCAUGCUGUAUACCCUGCUUCCCACAGAAGGCGCAGAAUUCCCUGCUCUGAUGCCUACUUUUAGGCACUUUGGCCAUGCCAACCUAGAUUUUGGUCUAUGAUGAAACAAAGAGAAAUGUUUACAACAUCUAGAGCAAUAUCCAAACAUACCUCAUCCCUGACCUUCCAUGUCUGUGGGUCCUGCCCCACAUCCCCCCUUUUUCCCCUCACAAGCCUCAUCCACCUUACUGGACCUGCUUCCAAGAACCAUCUUCCUUUGCUCCUCAUGCUUGGCCUGCUCUGGGCUCAAGGCAAGCCCAGGCAGUGGGCCAGCAGAGCUGUGGUUUUGAAUUCCUCUCUCCAUCUCUGAGUGGCUUUUUGGUUCCACUGGAGUGCUAAGCUGCUUGGGAGAUGGUGUGAGAUUUGCUGUUGCCUUUGCUGGACUGAGUAGAACAAUUAUUGACAAACAUUCACAGCCCAGGGCACCUCUGGGGUAGAGAAGGAUAAUCUGGGGCUGCCUUUUAGUAAACUUGUACGUGCACUGGGGUCACCCCAAAAGCCUGUUACAAAUGCUAAUAAAUGUUACCCAGGGCCCACACCUAGACAUGCUGAGCCAAUAGAUCUGGGUGGGGGGGCAGGAAUCUGUAUUUUUCAUAAGCUCCUGGGUGUGUAGUGACAUAUGGACUUCGAACAAAGAUGGUUUAAGACAGUGGCUCUCAACCUUGUCUAUGCAUUUGACUCACCUACAAACCAAAUUGUCCAGGUCCUACCUCAGAUCAGCUGAAUCAGAGCGCUGUGGUGGGAUGUGGGUGGCAGUAAGCUUUCAAGCUCUGCAGGGGGUGCCAGUGUACAAGUAAGGAGUGGAAGCACCAGCCUAGGGACUGAGAAGGAGCAGGCUAAGGGCAAAACACAGCUGCAGGGUGGGAGGGUGAGAGCUGACCCAGAUGCAGAAAGCACAACCAGGAAAUUUGCCAGCUCUGGAGCUGGACUCUUACUCUCGAGGGAGCAGGCUCUCCAGCCUCUCAGUCUGACUUGCUUCUUUGAAAUCGAAGGGUUGGGUCCAGGCCACAUGCGUUGUCUAGCAGCAGGCAGACCAAGAGAGAGCAGCAGGUCAAGAGAUGCUUUGCCAUGCUUUCUGAGUCCCGUGAACAGUGCUUCCCUCAGGCUUGCCUGAUGGGUCAGAUCUCCUUUGUCUGUUUAGAUGUGCUUUUGUUUUUGGUCUUUUUGUGUCAGGAUGUGCCUCUGUACCGAAGGCCAUGUAACAAGAGAGUUGGAACUCAGGUAGUGAGUGAAGCAUAUCAUGGUAGUGAAAAUAGUAACACAGCAACUUUUACAUUUCUCAGCAGAGGGUGGUGCAUUCUGGGGAAUAUCAAGAUCUGGGAGGAUUUUCCAAAGCCAUCAUAAGGUUUGGUACUGGCUCCAAGCCCUCCUCAUUCCCUUUUUGGUCCUAGGUUGGAUAGGCAGCCAGAAAGUUUCCAAUUGGUUUUACUCAAUGGUGCUCUCACCAGAUCUUGCUCCUCUGAAAGCUAUGAAGAGGCUUUCUGCCCAGGCUGCGGGGCCAGCCUCUGGGCAUGGGCCCUGGACACUUCUCCUUGGCCAGGCUGGGGUGUUCUGAUACCCCAGGCCCUGGUCAGUGGAGAGGGUGGCUCUGCUGUGAGAAAAUAAUGAGCCUAUUGUGCUGAGAGAUGGGGGAGGGUGUGAAUGUGGAAGGCUGUGAGAAAGGAUCUGGGCAGAAAAGACAAGCUGUCGUGAUGAUGUCUGUUCCUCUGCAUCCCAGAGGAAAAGGUGAGGAGAGGCACAUUCAGAGACAGGAUGAUCUCCUACCACCAAGAGUGCUCAAAACUCUACCUACCCUGUGUGUGUCCACAUCCAAGCUAGGCAGAGGAGCUGUGGCUUCUCAUUCUUACCUGCAAUCUGCCAAGUGUUAGCCCCCUUUAAGUCUGUAUCUUUCUGAGUUAAAACACAAGGUGUCACUGAGAGUAUGUGCUGCCAUGCCACUGAGCAUGAGACUGUACAGGGAGAAGCCAUGAACAAAGAUGUCUUCCUGUCCCUGUGUUGUUUCAGGACUCCAUGAGAUGCUGGUGGCCAGGACGGGAGACUUCAAGCUGUAGUCACUGGCCUUCCUGGGAUUGGGGUCCAAGUCCCCCCAAUAAACUGUUCCUUUCUUGAUUUUUCCUCCUUUUCAGUCCUUCUGCUCCCUCUCUUCUGCCAGGCAUGGAAAAGGUGGCUGGCACUGAGUGCCACUCCACCACGGUAGCAUUAAGUGAGUCACAUGCCAGCACAACAGAUUUGUAGCAGCUCAUCUGCCAUAUAAACCGCUUGGCUGACAGAGUCCUCACUGAGUUGUUUCAUUACCAUGUAAAGUGGAAUAAUGUCAUUCACCUUUACUAUAAACAAGGCUGUGAGAACAUAAUAAACAGAACCUGAACAAGC